UAUAUUUAAAUAUCAAAUAUUGAAGUAAUAAUAUUAUGAAUAUAAUAUAUAUUAUGUUACUCUUCAAGUAAAUAGUGAGAUAUGCAUUUGAAAAUACAUUAACCUUUCGUUCGUAUUAAUCAAGAGAUUGUUAAUCAAGAGAAGUUUAGUUAAUACGAUAAAAAUGGAAUGUUAUUUACGCAUGUUUGAACUCAUGCAUAUAUAAUUACUUUUUUUUACGCCAAAAUAUAUAUGUAUUUUCUAUUGUGACCAUAUAGAUAAGACGUUUAUAGACCUUGUAAAAUGGAUUUUAUUGUCGAUUUAUUCGCGAUAAUGAGCGUCGAUGAACACUCGUAAUAUUUUACAAAACGGUGUCUUGCUCAUCUAUAUAAGAGAACAGCGUGUAUGUGUAACAAUGUGUGUAUCCGAUGUGAGUGCGGGAGAACAUACGUAACACUGCGAUUAUUUUGUAUCUCGUCUAACCCCAAGGUUCUCCGCAUUCUCUUUUCUUUCGAAACUAAAAUCUGUCUCGUUAUACGAAUUUUACUGUGUAUAAUCAAUAAAUACUUACCCUUACCUUGUACAUACUCCUACAUCGAAAGAGCGUUUAUUCACCAUGGCAACGGCGACGGCGUCCAAGUUUCUCACCGUGCAGCGUGCAGUAUUCUUCAAAGGCGAUUCAAUUAAGUCGAGAAGCAUUAAACACUGAAGAACAGUAUAACGAUUUCUCCAAUCAGUUGUAAAUAAAACAGUAUCGAUCUUUUCAAUGUAAGCUUUUAAAGAAAUGAACUGAAAUAUUACCUAUAUAAAAACAUGGACGAAAUAAAUCGUGUGAAGUACGAUCCUAUUAUUUCGGAGUGAAAGAUACAAGCAUUUUUCGAUGACAUAUACAUAUAAACAUGGAGAAAAAUAUUAAUGAGAAAGAUGAAAAGAGGCAAGAGGACGAACAGAAAAGUUUAAGCGAAAAAGAUGAAUUGUCUGUUUCGUAUAUGGACUAUCGAAUAAGAUGGAUUCGCGAUCGAAUUUUGAAAUUUCUCGGACUGACGGGCCACGAACAUCUUUUCGACAAACUUAUUAACGCGAAUAAUCGAUAUUUCGAGGAUAAGUUACUCAACUUUCUCAUAUUAGACUUGUUUGGAGUGACAGAUCUAGAAAAGAAACUGAUUUUCUUCUACAAAACUUACGUCAGUGAAGUAUUUCAGGAGGAGGUUUCAGUGUGGGAGGAAAGAAAAGUGGAGAAACGCGACGAUGACGAAAGGAAAAAAGAUAAAAGAUUCGCGAAAAAGGAUAAAAGAGGUAAAGCUAAAGACAAAACGGAUACCAAUUCAGUUGCUAGUCGCACGGCAACGAGCAUCAGUACGUUGCCUACUCCCAGUGCACAAGAGUCCAGCGAGGAGGAGGAAGAGAAGAAGGAAGACGAUGGAGAGCAAAACGGCAGUGGCGAUUUUCCCACUUAUCCUAAAAAAAAGGCAGAUUUGAAAAGCGUGUCUGUUGACAGUUCCGUUGUUGGACCACCGCCCGGGGAGGAGGACAAAUACGUUUUAACGAAGAAAAUGGUGGAGAAAGUUCGUCAGAUACCGGUGCUUCACAUGAUAUCCGGCCAAGUAGACGGCAGUAGAACCGACCUGCAGGAUGUCACGUUCUUCUAUUUUAUGCGCACUGGCGACGAGGGUAUACCCUCCUUCGAUACCUACGAAGAGUGCCUCGACGAGAUCACGAAUUACCUGGUGGUCGGCUCGCUCGGCAGGAACUUCCUGUUAUCUUUGAAUAUGAUACUAAUCGACGUAUUUAAACCACUGGUGGAAAAUCAGUUCAGAACGCCGGAUAUUCGCGAGCGAUGGGAAGUGAAGAGAAGAUCAGUGUUGAGAAGACCGUCCCAUUUCGUGACAGCGUCCAGUAUAGCAUCCCGACAAGAUCUGGCGGCAAGAAAAAAGGGGGGGGGAGACGAUGAAAAUACCGCAAUGUCCAUGGCCACUUUGCAGGACGAGACCCCAAGGAAUAGAAAGCUGAAGUCAAGUUUGAAAGGACUCGAUAAAAGAUCCGAAUUGUCCGUUUCGGAGUCCAAGUCCAGCAAAUCAGUUAGCUCGAAGGAAAUAAGAAAACCAGUGACCGAGCAGAUCAAGAGAGACAUUUUAGAUUAUCUUGAUAAAUUAAUCGAGAAGACGGAGUGGACGUUGGAGCAUGUCGAAGGCGAUAUCUUGCUGACAAUGCCGAAGAUUUCAGAGCUGAACGAUCCUACAAUAACAGACGAUAUGUUACUGAAGAAUAAGGACAUUGUUGAACAAAUGGAGGAUGUAGUUAUGUCAUGGGAAAAACAUAUACUGAAGAUAAUAGAGUCUUACGAGAGCAAAGUACUUCCGGGGAAGGGACCGAUAGCCGAGUAUCAAUACUGGCAGGAUUGCGAAACUAGAUUAACGAUGCUGGUUGAACAGUUAAAAAUGCCCAUCGUUAAGAGAAUUCUUGCUCUUUUAGAACAAGCAGUCUCGCCGAUCGCCUCCAGCUUUCACUACUUCCAGACCGAGCUCUGGAAGCACUAUGUCGAAGCCAGGGACAACAAUAAGUUUAUUCAAACUUUGUUGAGAUACUUUAAGUUGAUUACCGAAUCGGAUUCGUUCGAGUCUAUAUCGGAGUGCAUGCCCUCGCUGAUGGAGGGAUUGCGAAUGCUCUGGGUGUUGUCGAGUUAUUACUGCCGUGAAGAGAGGAUGAUGCUACUGAUGGAUCGGAUAUCGUGGCAGCUCUGCGCUAAUGUGAAACAGAAUUUAGCGAUUACCCUGCUGUUCAAAAAGUCUCUGGAAGAGAUUCUGGAGAGGACGAGCAUGGCCAGCGCGAUGCUGAGACAAUGGAAACGGUCGUACCUGAAGACCAGACAGGACAUCGAAUUGUCGGGGAAGGGUGCCCGUUGGGAGUUCGAUCAGAAGCGCCUCUUCCAAAACACGGAGUACAUUGCCGAGGUGUGCAGCGACCUUCACAAAAUCGCCGGUGUCCUGCAGGACUUCUACAAUAUCUUCGGGCCCGAUCUGAAGUCCAUCAUAGACGAUCCGGCGCAGAUUGACGCCGUGGUGAAGCGAGUGGACGCGCUGGUCGUGCCGAUCGAAGAGGCCGACUUCGAUAUCUUCAAUGUGUUCAACAGGGAGAACUGGGAGGCGCUAACCGCGUGGUUCUACGAGCAGGUGACGUUUCUGGAAGAUCAGGCGAAAUUCUACAUCGACGAGUGCUUCAUGGUGCUGAUCAACGCCGAGAAUUCGCUGGAGAUGCUACUUAAGUUUAAGAGGAUGAAGACCCGGGCCGCGAUUCAGCGUCAGCUGCUCCGAAAAUUCGACAUCAUCAUGCAGCAGUUCAGUAAGGAGAUCAACAUCGUGGAGAGCAUAUAUAACCAUGGCAAACGCCAUCCGCCGUUGCUGACGUAUCAUCCGCCGAUGGCGGGUGCGAUCUUCUGGGUGAAACAGCUGUUCCACAGGCUGCGCGGACCGGUGCUGAUAUUCCAACAGGUGGGCGAGCUGAAGCACAGCGAGCUGAAACUGGUCGCGUUCAAGCAGUACUUCGAUCUCGCGAAACAGCUGAAGAAUUUUGAAGAAGCGAAGUUCAACGCGUGGCUCGAUAAGGCGCUGCUCACGGUGACCACCGUCAUGAGGAAGAGCGUGCUGAGGAUAGUACGAGUGGAACGGGAGCCUCCGGCCACUUUGACUUUCCCGGACAAGGAGCGACUCGCGAAGGACCUUCAGCUGUUUCAUGUAACGUCGAAGAUGAAGGGCAAGGACGCGGCUUCCAUUCUGUCGACUCCGCCUGACUCCCUGUUGAAGAUGGAUCACGGCGUGAUCUCGAAGCCGAGCGCUGAGGUCGAAAGCGCCGCCUCCAGAGUCAUUUCCAUGAUGCAGACACGCGCGGAAAUGAAGGCCGACACCAGAGGAUCUUCGUUGAAGGACGACAAAACCUCGACCGUGUCCGUUGACAAGCACGACUUCGCUCGCGCGAAGAUCACCUGGCCGGAGUUCAUGAGCGGCGCCAUUCUGGUGGAGUGUCAGCUGCGCUUUCAGAUCAACUUCGACUGGGAGGUGUUCGAGGUCAUCAGAGAGGCGGAGCUGAUGGAGCAGUUGGGUUUCGAAUUGCCGGCGCCUAUCAGAGACGUUGGCAUUCAAAAGAAUCGGCUGAGAGCGGAUAUCGACACCACCACGAAAAUGAUCGAUCACUAUAACAACAUCCUGGAUACGCUGGACCGAGCGGACAUACAACUGCUGAAGCAGACGCUAGAGGAUGUCGAGAAGAACAUUCAGCCUGGAGUGACGCGGUUCAAUUGGAAUUCCCUGAGCAUCUCGGAUUAUGCGGCCGCCUGUCAUACAAUAUUGAAAAACUUGCAGUCUAUCGUCGAGCAAGUCAAUCAGAUAAAGAAGGAGCUUGAUAACCGAAUAGAAUCUGAAUUACAAUCGUACCAUCUGUUUUCCACGAAGAAGAAAGUCGCUGACGCAGAGGUUCUCUUGCCCUGCCAGAGUUAUUUUAUGGAAAUAAAAAAUCGCCGAUCCGAGUUAGUGUCGUCGAUGUUAAAGACUUAUCAAUCGAUUAGUCCGAUGCUUGUGAAACUGGAAAGCAUAGUGUUGGGUACUUCGACUGGGACAAAUCCAGCCAUGCAGCUUUUGUACGAAAAAUACGAAAAGAAAAUUUUCGCCGCCUUUAUAAUAUGUAUGGUAAGAAACAUGGAAGUUUUGAACAAAAUGUUAAAUAACACUAAACUGCUAUUCCAAGCAGACGCGUUAUUAAUAACGUCCGAAGUGAUAUUACGUCCGGCACCCAACGAGAUCUUCAGCACCAUUUGUCACGAUGUGCGAGAUUUGCUCGAAAGACUGAAAGGAUUCUCCAGGUGGAUGAAUGGAACUUGUUUGGAGUGCAAGCCGAUGAGAAGAGAGCUCUCGGAGAAUUUAGUCACUUUCAGUUUCUUCGAGGACGUGAUGAGCGUUCGAAUAAUUAACGAGCUCGUGAAAGUGGUUCACGACACGGCGUAUAAGAUCUCGGCGGAAUGCUGGCGAUAUCUGUAUAGAUGGAAGAAAUACAGCAACUUGUGGUCAUUUGAUAAAAAUCUGGCUUGUGAGAAAUUCGCGUCGACGAAACCGACGCUUUUACAAUACGACGAGAAGUUUACGUUUUACGAAGGCAUUCUGGAGGAAGUCGAAGACAUGUCGUCCUAUUUCGAUAUAAACAGUGUACGGCUCAACCUGAAACCGCUUUUAUCAAGCAUCGAGCGUCAAGCGAAAGAAUGGAAGCAGGUUUUAGGGAAUUAUCUUCUCUCCGACACUGUAUUGGCUAUGAACCAGCUGAAAACUCAAAUCGACACCUUUCGCGGCGAUAUCGAGCUGGUGGUCACGGGGCUGGAUCGUUUUGUGUCGAUUAUGCAGGCGAUCUCCGACGUGAAAAAUACGGCGAUUCAAGCCGAGAUGCAGUUUCUCUGUUAUCAGGAGUGUUUUCAAACUGUGCGCGCCCACGGGAUCGUCUACUCCUCGUCGGACGAAGCGAUGGCGUAUGAUUUGCAACGCGACUGGGAGUCGUUGUACCUUGAAGCGCUCUACAGGCAAUUGACUUUGGAAGCCACUAGCGACAAAUUUUCCGAGCUAACUCAAGAGCAGAUCCAACAGUUUUUGGCUGAAACCGCGAUACUCGCUGAAGAGUUUGAGGCCCUCGGUCCCGGAAGCGUCGAGGACGAUCUCGAGCUCGGACUGAAGAAAAUGGAUGAAUAUGGCAAGCUGAUCAACACGUACGAGGAAAGGCGGCUGGAUCUGAUAAAAUUAGAAAACUUGUUCGGCCUACCGUCCUCCGACUAUUCAACUCUCCUCAAAAUCAAGACGGAAUACGAUGGCAUGGAGGUGCUGUACAAUCUCUACAAGGAGCAGAGAAACGCGCGAGAAGUCUGGGCGAAGACUCUCUGGGUGAACUUGAAUCCACAGCAGCUCAUCGAUGGUAUGGAACACUUCAUACGGGAGUUCCGACGUCUGCCGAAAUCCAUCAGAAGUAUGAACGUCGGCCACGCAGUGGAGACCAAUAUGAGGAACUUCAAGAACUCGGUGCCGCUCUUCAUCGAGUUGAAGAACGAGGCUAUGCGCGAGAGACAUUGGCAAGAGUUGAUGAGAAGGACCGGACAGUAUUUCGAUAUGGACCCGGACAGAUUCACUUUAGAAAAUAUGUUCGCUAUGGAGUUGGGAAAGUAUCAAGAUAUCGCACAAGAUAUUGUAAUGUAUGCCGUGAAAGAGCUUUCGAUAGAAAGAGGCGUGAAAGAAUUAGCUGAAGUAUGGAAAUCCAUGGAAUUCAACAUGAUAAAACAUUACAAAGGCAUAGAAGACCGCGGCUUUAUUCUUGGACCACUCGACGAAUUGAAUCUGGUGCUCGAAGACAACAUGUUGACCGUGCACAGCAUGGCAGCCUCGCAAUUCAUCGGGCCGUUUCUCAACGUCGUACAAAAAUGGGAACGCACGAUGCACACGAUCUCCGAAGUUCUGGAAGUGUGGGUGGACCUUCAACAAAAGUGGCUGUAUCUCGAGGGCAUUUUCGUGGGCGGCGACAUUCGCUUGCAGUUGCCGGACGAGACGAAGAGAUUCGAUGAUAUCGAUCAAGCCUUCCAAAAAAUCAUGACUGACACGUCGAAGCGACUCAAUGUUUUGGAAUGUUGCACGAUUUAUGGUAGAAAGGACGAGUUUGAAAUCAUGAUAGCGGCCCUCGAGAAGUGCCAAAAAUCUUUGACGGAUUAUUUGCGCAACAAACGCGUUAUAUUCCCGAGAUUCAAUUUCAUUAGCGACGACGAACUGCUGGGCAUUCUCGGCAGUGGCAAUCCUGUGGCAAUUCAGGAAUACGUGGGAAAGAUGUUCGAUAAUCUCGAUAAGUUCGCACUGUCAGACAGCAUGGGUCGACUGAUGGCCACGGCCCUCGUAUCAUGCGAAAGAGAAGUUAUGGAUUUCAGGAAUCCCGUGUCGACGGAAGAUCAGAUCGAAAUCUGGAUGGGUUUGGCACUCGAAGAAAUGAAGAGAUCGAAUCGAUAUUUGACAAAGAAGGCGGUCUACAAUUACGGCAAGGUGCGAAGGCCGAGAACGGAGUGGAUACUCGAGUUUCAAGGAAUGAUGAUUCUCGCAGCCAAUCAGAUAUGGUGGACCGCAGAAGUCGAGAAUGUUUUCGAUAAAAUAUCCCAGGGGAAUAAACGCGCAAUGAAAGAGUAUUUACAACAACUCAACGCUCAACUGAACGAAGUGGUGACACUGAUGGGUACCGGCACGCUUACAAAUAAUGACAGAAAGAAGAUUGACAUGAUUUUGACCAUCGACGUGCAUAUUCGCGAUAUUAUCGAAGGCUUUGUCAGAGACAGCAUUGUAGAUCCCACAGAAUUUGAAUGGGAGAGCCAAUUGAGAUUUUACUGGGUUCAUGAUCUGGACAAUGUAUGGAUGAAUCAAUGCACAGGCACUUUCGAAUAUGGCUACGAGUAUAUGGGCCUUAAUGGCAGAUUGGUCAUUACGCCUCUGACUGACAGAAUAUACCUCACUAUCACACAAGCCCUCUCGAUGCACUUAGGCGGUGCACCGGCGGGACCUGCUGGAACCGGAAAGACCGAGACGGUUAAAGAUUUAGCAAAAGCUCUGGGGCUCUUAUGCAUCGUGACUAAUUGCGGCGAAGGAAUGGAUUACAUCACGAUCGGAAAGAUUCUGGGCGGUCUCGCUCAGUGCGGGGCAUGGGGUUGCUUCGACGAGUUUAAUCGUAUCGACAGCUCUGUUCUCUCCGUUAUUUCGACCCAGCUGCAAACUAUACGCUCGGCACUGCAAGUUAAAGCUCAAGGAUUCACGUUUGAGGAACAAGAUAUCGUGUUGGACUCGAAAGUGGGGAUCUUUAUCACCAUGAAUCCAGGAUACGCCGGUCGUACGGAGUUACCGGAGUCCGUUAAAGCCCUCUUUAGACCAGUGGUCUGCAUUGUGCCGGACAACGAGUUAAUCUGCCAGAUCAAGCUUUUCAGCGCCGGUUUUCUGACGGCGAAAGUACUCGCGAAGAAGAUGACUGUUCUCUAUAAGCUGGCGAACGAGCAGCUGAGCAAGCAAACGCACUACGAUUUCGGUCUGAGAGCUCUUAAAUCGGUGCUUAACAUGGCCGGCCAGCUGAAGAGGACUUCCGAGGAUUUGCCCGAGAACGUCGUAUUGAUGAGAGCCCUCAGAGACAUGAACUUACCUAAGUUUGUGUACGACGACGUGCCGCUCUUCCUCGGUCUGAUCAGGGAUCUGUUUCCCGACUUGGAUUGUCCCAGAACGCGUUAUCCGGAUUUCAACAAGGCGGUCGAGGCGAUGUUGGAAGAACAUGGCUAUACUGUUUUACCUGAGCAAGUUGAUAAAGUCAUUCAGUUACACGAAGUGAUGAUGAUCAGGCAUUCGACGAUGGUCAUCGGUCCCACCGGCGGUGGUAAGACGGUGGUAAUCGAAACUCUUUGCAGGGCGCAGACGCAUCUUGGUAAACCCACGAAAUUACACAUUUUGAAUCCCAAGGCUUGCACGGUUAUCGAAUUGUACGGAACGCUGGAACCUACGACGCGCGAUUGGACGGACGGUCUUCUGAGCAGUAUCUUUCGCGAAAUUAAUCGACCGCUGGAUCCCGGCAAGGAUGAACGAAGAUACAUACUUCUCGAUGGGGACGUCGAUGCGUUAUGGAUCGAAAACAUGAACUCGGUAAUGGACGACAACAAGCUGUUGACUCUGGCCAAUCAAGAGAGGAUUAAAUUGCAGAAUCACUGCAGUCUGCUCUUCGAGGUAGGCGACUUGCAGUACGCCUCGCCCGCGACAGUUUCAAGAGCGGGUAUGGUCUAUGUGGACCCGAAGAACUUGGGCUACCAGCCGUACAUGGACAAAUGGAUACGAGCCAAAAGCAAAGUCGAUCAAGAUUUUCUUCGAGAAAUGUGCGAGAAAUACGUGCACGGCCCACUCAAGCUCAUUACCGAAGGAAUGUUAGGACAUCAAGCAGUCGAGCCGCUUCGGACUAUUAUACCGCAAACCAGACUCAAUAUGGUAACUCAAUUCUGCUAUAUAUUUGAUGGUUUAUUGUCGUCACUGAAAAACGAACUGGCAAGAAAAAAAUCAGAAAUCGAGGAAGAGGAUUUGUUGGUGACGAAAGACGAGCUCUGGGAGGCGAUGUACAUUCAAGCGUGCUAUUGGUCAUUCGGCGCGUCUAUUGUCGACAAGGCACGCUCCAGAUUCGAUGAAUACAUAAAGAAGACGUGCGGAUUUUUAUCAGCAGAGGACACACCCGAUAAACCCGCGACUGCUAGAUUUAUACCUUUAUCUUUUCCAACCAUGUACGAUUAUAUACUGGAUAUGAAGAAAAGGGUUUGGAUGGCAUGGAAAUGGUUGGUACCGGCGUAUCUUUACGACCGACAGAAGAACUUUUCGGAUAUUUUAGUGCAGACAAUCGAUACUCUGCGUACUACCUGGUUCGUAGAUCUCAUGAGCAAUCUGGAGAGGCCGGUACUGUUAGUCGGAGAAACUGGCACGUCGAAAACGGCGAUUAUUCAUGAGUUUCUAAGGAAUUUGAGUCCCGAAAAAUACGAACAACUCUUAAUUAACUUUUCCUCGAGGACCACUUCGAUGGAUGUGCAGAGGAAUAUCGAAUCGGUAGUGGAGAAAAGAUCGCGAGAGGUAUUCGGAGCGCCGCCCGGGAAGAAAUUAAUAGUUUUCAUCGACGACAUGAAUAUGCCGAUCGUGGAUAUUUACGGAACCCAACAGCCUAUAGCAUUACUUAAACUAUUGUUUGAGAGGGGCGGCUUUUACGAUCGCGGACGCGAUUUGAAUUGGAAAUAUUUAAAAGAUAUUUAUUAUUUAGCAGCCAUGGGAGAACCCGGUGGCGGUAGGAACGAGGUCGAUCCGCGAUUUAUCUCGAUGUUCUCGGUUUACAAUGUGACUUUUCCAACGAGAGAGACACUCAAUUACAUUUACACGAGUAUCCUGUCCGGACAUCUACAAACGUUUUCGGAGGAAAUUCAGGCUAUCGCGAACGGACUCGUGCAAUUGAUGUUAAAACUUUACGAGACAGUUAGGAAGGAGUUACUGCCGACACCGUCCAAAUUCCACUAUAUUUUCAACAUGCGAGAUCUCUCGAGAAUCACGGCGGGUUUACUUCAGAGCCAUCCUGAUUUUUUUCCCGGCGUAAAGCAGUUUGUUAGGCUGUGGAGAAACGAGAUCACUAGAGUCAUAUGCGAUCGUCUCGUUAGCGUGCAAGACGAGAAUUUGGUUAUCGAGCAUCUGAAUGAAAAAAUACAGUCUUAUUGGGAGCUGGAACCCGAGAUAAUUCAAUAUAGUUUAAGAGACCCGUUACUCUACGGCGAUUUCAGGAAUGCCUGCAACGAAGCUGAGCCUAGGUUUUACGAGGAUCUGUUGGACUACGAGGCGGUUUACAGCUUGUUUCUAGAGAUUUUCGAAGAAUAUAACGAGAGUAACAGAGCUAAGUUGCACAUGGUCCUCUUCAACGACGCGCUCGAACACCUGACCAGAGUGCACCGUGCACUUCGGAUGCAUCGCGGCCACGUGCUCGUCAUCGGUACGGGCGGCAGCGGCAAGAAAUCCGUGAUCAGACUAGCGUCCUUUGCCGCCAAUUAUCAGCUCUUCCAGAUCAUUCUGAGUCGCGGAUACAACGAAGCGUUCUUCCGCGAGGACAUGAAGAAUCUGUACAACAUGGUCGGCCUGGAGAACAAGAAGGUCGUGUUUAUGUUCACGUCCGCCCACAUCAAGCACGAGGGCUUCCUUGAGCUGGUGAACAGCAUGUUAACGGCGGGCCUCGUGACGGCUCUCUUCAACGAUGACGAGAAAGACAUGAUCAUUUCUUCCUGCAGAGACGCAGCGAUCAAGGCAGGCUUCGAUGCCUCAAAGAAGAGCGUCUGGUCGUACUUCGCUAAGACGUGCACGGCGAAUUUGCGAAUAGCGCUGGCGAUGAGUCCGUCGGGCGACGCUUUGCGAAUGCGAUGUCGCAAUUAUCCCGGCUUGAUCAACAACACCACCGUAGACUGGAUGUUUCCGUGGCCGCAGCAGGCCAUGGUGGCGGUAGCGAACGCUCUUCUCAGAGAUAAUCCGAUCGUGCCGCAGGAAUACAAGAAAGUGAUCGUGAGCCACAUCGUGUACGUACAUACGUCUGUAUUGCAGUAUACAGCGGACUUUGUGACGAAGCUGAGGCGACGAAAUUACGUCACGCCGAGGCAUUUCCUGGACUUCAUCAACACUUAUUUGAAACUAUUGGUGGAGAAGAAGAACUUUAUAAAUUCGCGCUGCGCGCGCCUUUCCGGAGGACUGCAGAAGAUCAUGGAAGCUUCGGUGACUUUGACGGAACUAAAUGAAGUUUUGGAUGUGCAAAAAAUCCAAGUGGAUGAUCAAACGAGAGGCUGCGAACAGUUGCUCGCGUUUAUCGGCAAAAGCACGGACGUCGCGCUGGAGAAAAAGAAUUUGAGAGAAGAGAGAAGGAAGGAAAUUGAGGACAAGAAGAAAAUGAUUGCCAAAGAGGAAGCGGAAGCCAAGCACGCCUUAGCGGAAGCGCAGCCGGCUCUCGACGCGGCCAAACUCGCGCUGAGCGACCUCGAGAAAGCGGAUAUCACUGAGAUAAGGUCCUUCACCACUCCGCCCGAACCGGUGCAGAUCGUUUCGGAAUGCGUUGCGGUACUUCGGGGCGUCAAAGACGUGUCGUGGAAAGGGGCAAAAGGCAUGAUGAGCGAUCCGUAUUUCUUGAGGCACUUGCAGGAGAUAAACUGCGACGAGAUCACUCUGCGGCAGCAGCAAGCGGUGCGGGCGCUCUUGAAGAAGACGGACAAACUGGAUCAGAUGCAAGUCAUCAGCAAAGCGGGAUACGGCCUGUACAAAUUCGUGCUUGCCGUUUUGGAUUAUUGUACCGUUUUCAGAGAGGUUAAGCCGAAGAUCGACCGAGUUCAGGCGCUCGAAGCGGAGUCCGAGAAAGCCAGGCGCGCGUUAGAAAAGGAAGAGUGGGAAUUAAAGCGUUUGGAGGAAACGCUCCGGGAAUUGAACGCGAAGUACGACGUCGCGAUGACCAAGAGACAGAAUCUUCAGGACGAAACCGACUUGCUGCAGCGACGUCUUUCGGCCGCCGAUAAGCUCAUCUCCGGAUUGUCCUCCGAGAACGAACGAUGGCGGAAGGAUCUGGAGAUUCUUCAAGACGACAUGGAGAAGAUCACGGGAAAUUGCUUGCUUGGAGCGUCCUUCCUGGCUUACAGCGGUCCCUUCUCCUACGAGUUUAGGAACGAAAUGUACAGCGACUGGCAGAGGAGCAUCUUGGACAAGGAGUUACCCUUAUCAACGCCCUUCAAGCUCGAAUCGCAACUGAGCAAUGAUGUUGAAAUUAGCAAAUGGAACUCGGAAGGUCUUCCACCGGACGAGCUGUCCGUGCAAAAUGGCAUACUAACGAUGAAAGCAUCCAAAUUUCCACUUUGCAUCGAUCCUCAGCAACAAGCGUUAAAUUGGAUCAAAAAGAGAGAGAAGAAGAAUCUAAAGAUCCUCUCUUUUACGGACGCGGAUUUCUUGAAGCAAAUCGAAUUGGCGAUCAAUUAUGGUCUGCCUGUGCUUGUCCAAGAUGUCGAUGAGGUUGAUCCCAUUUUGAGUAACGUCUUAUCGAAAAAUAUCCAGACUGCUGCGGGACGAACUUUCGUCAUUGUCGGCGACAAGGAGGUAGAUUAUGAUCCGCAAUUUCGAAUAUACUUGACAAUGAAAAUGACCAAUCCGAUGCUGGAUCCUGCUUUAUACGCCAAGGCGAUCGUUAUCAAUUACAUGGUCACUACAGCAGGUUUGGAGAAUCAACUUCUGUCGGUGGUGGUGAGAACGGAAAGACCGGACAUCGAGGAGCAGCGCGAGACGCUGAUCAUGGAGACGAGCGAGAACAAGAAUCUGCUGCAGCAACUGGAAGACAGCCUUCUGCGCGAGAUUACCGUGAACCAGGGCAGCAUGGUGGACAAUAUCGAACUGAUCAAGACCCUGGAGAAUAUCAAGUCCAGCGCCAACGAAGUGAUGAAGAAGCUGUCGCUCGCGGAGGCCACUGCCGUCGACAUAAACCGACUUCGCGAGAGCUAUCGCCCGGUGGCGGAACGGGGCGCGAUUCUGUUCUCCGUGCUGGUCGACAUGGCCACCGUGAACGCCAUGUAUCAGUACUCUCUGAACAGCUACGUCGAGGUGUUCGUCCACUCGCUGAGGAGAUCGUUGCCAGAUCCGGUGGUCAUCAGACGACUGAAGCACAUCAUUCCGAUGCUGACGAAGAACGUCUACGAUUACGGCUGCACUGGUAUCUUCGCGCGGCACAAGUUACUGUUCUCCCUGCAAACUUGCGUGAAGAUAGAGCAGAGCUUAGGCAACGUGAGCCAGAAGCAAUUGGAGUUCUUCGUCAAGGGCAGCGUGGCUCUGGAGAAAUCACCGAAAGUAAAUCCUACCAGAUGGCUGCCGCUGUCGGGUUGGGAGGAUAUUCUCAAGCUGGCGAGCGAUUUCCCGGAGAAGUUCGAACAGCUCCCGGAAGAGCUACGAGAUUACGAGGACGAAUGGAAAAAGUGGUACGACUCGGACACACCGGAGUUGGAGGAGCUCCCGUGCGACUAUAGUCCGCGAUUGACAUCGUUCGAGAAGCUGAUGCUGAUACGCUGCUUCCGCGUGGAUCGCGUCUUUCGCGGUAUCAUCGAUUACAUUACCGAGAUCAUGGGCGAGCAGUACAUUACGCCGCCUCACGUGAGCUUCGGCAUGAUUUUCGAGGAGAGCACGCCGACCAUGCCUGUAGUUUUCAUCCUAAGUCCGGGUUCAGAUCCCACUUCGGAGCUGAUGAAGUUAGCCGAUCGCUACGGCUGCGGCGGGGGAAAGUUCAAAUAUCUCUCGCUCGGUCAGAGCCAGGAAAAGAUCGCAAUGGAAUUAUUGGGGACGGCGAUGACGAGAGGUCAAUGGCUGAUGCUCCAGAAUUGCCACUUGCUGCUGUCCUUCACAAAAAAUUUGGAAAAGAUCGUGGAGAACAUAGAGAAACCUCAUCCUGACUUUCGCCUGUGGCUCACCACGGAACCCAUCCCCAAUUUUCCGAUCGGAAUACUUCAACAAUCUUUAAAAGUGGUGACGGAACCGCCGAGUGGAUUGAAGUUAAACUUGCAAAACACAUACUUCAACAUGCGACCGCAGCUCUUGGAAAGUUGCCCUCAUCCUCUUUACAAGCACUUAAUUUACGUACUAGCGUUUUACCACGCAGUUAUCCAGGAGAGAAGAAAGUACGACAAAAUUGGAUGGAAUAUAAAGUACGACUUCAACGAGUCAGAUUUUAAUGUGUGUAUUGCUAUCUUGGACACUUAUCUGACGAAGGCACUGGCAACGAAGGAGUCUAAAGUACCGUGGAAUAGCCUCAAGUAUCUAAUUGGUGAAGUGAUGUACGGCGGAAGAGUAAUAGAUAGUUACGAUCGUCGCGUCUCUUACACUUAUAUGGAUGAGUAUUUCGGCGAUUUUCUCUUCGACGAAUUCCAACCGUUUCACUUUUACAAGAACGACAUCGUCGAUUACGUGAUACCGCCGGAAGGUGAUCGCGACGAUUACUUGCGAUUCAUUAAGGAGCUUCCGUUGGUUGGCAGCCCGGAGGUGUUCGGACUGCAUCCAAACGCCGAGAUUGGAUACUUUACGCAGGCAGUUAAGGGAAUGUGGAGGCAUCUCAUAGAACUUCAGCCGCAAACCGCCGUAACCGUCACCGGUGUCAGCAAAGACGAGUUUAUCGAUAACAUGGCGAGGGAGAUCUUGACCAAGAUGCCACCCAUGCUGUACGAUAUUAGUAAGGUCAAGAGAAAUUUCGGCGCAACCGCGGCACCGACCGCGAUCGUUCUAUUUCAAGAAUUGGAGAGAGUCAACAAAUUAAUAGAAACGAUUACGAGAACGUUGAAUCAAUUGAAAAAGGCCAUCGCUGGUGAGAUUGGGAUGGAUGUGAUGUUGGAGAACAUUUCCGUGGCGCUUUAUAACGGUAUGCUGCCCAAGGAGUGGGCCAGAUUGGCGCCGGACACGCGAAAGAAUCUUGCCGGCUGGAUGGACCACUUUCAGAAGAGGAUAGACCAAUACACAAACUGGUCCGGCGCGAACGAACCCGUGGUGCUCUGGUUGUCCGGCUUGCACGUACCGGAAACUUAUCUAGUGGCUCUCGUGCAAAUGACAUGCCGCAAGAACAAUUGGCCCCUCGACCGUUCCGUCAUUUACACGACGGUGUCCAAGUUCUCCAAUCCCGACGACAUAGAGGAGAGACCCGACCAGGGCUGUUACGUGCACGGAUUGUAUUUGGAGGGCGCUAGGUGGGACAUCGAGGAGCAUUGUUUAAAAAGAUCGCAUCCGAAAGUCCUGAUUGAAGAGCUGCCAAUAUUAACUAUCGCACCUACUGAAGUUCAUAGAUUGAAGUUACAGAAUACUUUUAAAACUCCCGUAUAUGUUACAUCGAAUCGGCGAAGCACUCUCGGUGUCGGUUUAGUCUUCGAGGCAGAUUUGGCGACUCCGGAGCACAUUUCGCAUUGGGUACUUCAGGGUGUUUGCCUAGUGUUAAACACAGAUUGAAACAAUCCUCGAGAGAAAUCGAGAGAUCGCUGUAUUCUUCAGUAUAUUUCACGUAUUAAUAUACCUUCUUAUUUAUUAACAGUAUUCGUUGUAGCAUAGAGACGAACGACCAUUAAGCUAUCCUUAACUGUCGUAAUUUUAAGAAUAUUAUGUAUAAUUCUAUAAAUUUUUUAUCAUAUAAAAA